UCUCCAACUUCUUCCCUGGAGUGAGCAUGUGCUUGUGGCCAGGCCGCAGGAGCUUUCGGUCGGUCUCUUUACUGUUGUCCUCUCACUUCUAUCCCUGAUCUCUCAUUCGCCGGAGCCAGGGCUGCUCAUCGCUUAUUCAAAGCCCGGGUGGGAGGGCUACUCGAUCAUUCGAGGGAAUCUCUAAAACCUAAGGAACUUUAGAGUUAUCCAAUGUCGCCUGUAUCGCAAGAGUCGCACUGGGCUUUGUCCAAGAAAGUUGUCGUUUCUGUGCCGGGCACGGAACAUUCUUGCGAUGCCAGGUGUCGCAUUGCCUACUCCAACGACCCCGAGCGAGGAUCUAUCUCUCUUAGUAUCAAGGCAGCCCUUGCUAACUCCACUGACAGAUCGGAUUCACUAACAUUGAAUAUCUGCCCCAAAGCGGUCCAGAACUCUUCGCUAGUUAAGAGAAGCAACCCUAACCUGUGCCCAUCGGAAUUGUCCUCGAAAAUACGACAAACUAUAAGCGGUGCUACGGAUGUUUCAACGCUCAGUAUACAUUUAGCUAGGCCUGGGGUUGUUCUUUGUCCAUCCUGGGCAAAGUCUCUGAGUUCUUCCGAUCCAGAAGACUCAAAUUUCAUUUCAUUCGCCCAUAUUUGCCAAUCAAAAUCGCUACGCCUACACUUUGCCCUGGUACAAUUUCAGGGGGGAGAAUUUGAGACGUUGAGGAAAUUUUGCUCUAGAAUACAAACCCUCCAGCCAGAGUCUUUCGACCAUCAUCGACAUGGUGUAGUCGAGAGAGAUCCGAGUAUAUUCAAGCUCUCUCCACCGCCAUAUGAUGAGGAACAUGUAUCAACACCGGCUGAGCAAGCGGGUCCACCCCAAUACAAUGACCAACCCGAAUUGAAUCCGGCCAUUGGCAAACGGGUCAGAGGUAUGUCCCAUCUCCACAGUUACAGGAGAUUUCAGCUUUCAUAGCCUGUUGAUGGUCUCUAGGGUGGUCUCUGUCACCCGAAGAAUGUUGCAAAAGGCCGCUUCUUACACAACCAGACUGGCUUGGAGCACCUACCGA